CCCGAAUAUCUCCUAACGAAGACAACAAUAAAUGUGUGAGGCGCUCCCUGCGAGUAGUAGUCUCCCGGUCUCCCCUGCAAAUCGCGCCGAGGCUAUUUACGUAAUUCCCCCGAUGCCGGAAGGGUAUGAGUCGUAUGACAGCGGAAGAGCUUUUACAAUCAGAGCGGCUAUUAACGGUUUUCUUUCUUCCAUUUUAUCCUUUUUAGAUGCAUUCUGAUUUCUGAUUCUCAUAAGAAGGGCCCACUUGCGUGUGCAAAUACGGUCACUUUGGUAAAACUUUACCACUCAGCGCUCUCGGCUCUACCUUCUCUGCAACUUCAGGACCAUUGGAACCGAAAACCUAGCAAAAAUUUUGAUUGAAGUUUGAAUCUCCGUUCAUUUUGAAACACUUGAAACAUAGCGAUCUCUGUUGGUUGGUUGAUCGAUUUUUUUCGCCCAUUCUAUUGUUAUUCAGCGUUACCAUGGGAGCCAGUCGAAAAUUACAGGGUGAGAUCGAUCGAGUUCUAAAGAAGGUCCAAGAAGGUGUCGAUGUCUUCGAUAGCAUUUGGAACAAGGUUUACGACACCGAUAAUGCGAACCAGAAGGAGAAAUUCGAGGCGGAUUUGAAGAAGGAGAUUAAGAAACUUCAGAGAUACAGAGACCAGAUAAAGACAUGGAUACAAUCUAGCGAGAUAAAGGACAAAAAGGUUAGUGCCUCUUAUGAGCAGGCUCUGCUGGAUGCUCGCAAGCUUAUUGAGCGUGAAAUGGAAAGAUUUAAGGUUUGUGAAAAGGAAACUAAGACAAAAGCUUUCUCAAAAGAAGGGCUUGGACAACAACCCAAAACUGAUCCAAAAGAGAAGGCAAAAUCAGAGACAAGGGAUUGGCUAAACAAUGUGGUUUCUGAGCUGGAGUCUCAAAUUGAUUGCUUUGAAGCUGAUAUUGAGGGGCUCUCUGUAAAGAAAGGAAAAGCAAGACCACCCAGACUGACCCAUUUAGAGACCUCUAUUACCAGGCAUAAAGCUCACAUAAUGAAGUUAGAAUUGAUUUUGAGACUACUGGAUAACGAUGAAUUGAGUCCUGAGCAGGUCAAUGAUGUUAGAGACUUCUUAGAAGAUUAUGUUGAACGCAAUCAGGAGGAUUUUGAAGAAUUUAGUGAUGUUGAUGAGCUUUACAAUUCUUUACCAUUAGACAAAGUGGAGUCGCUUGAAGAUCUGGUCACAAUUGGUCCUCCUGGCCUUGCUAAGGGUGUUGGUUCUGCUAGUGCAGUUUUAAGCUUGAAGACUUCCAUAGCAGCUUCACCAACUCAAACACUGGCCACAUCAUCAUCUACUGUUCAACAAGGUACAUUGAAUCAGGACCAAGCUGAAGAGACAGCUUCCCAGGACAGUAAUUCUGAUAUUGCCCCAAGGACUCCACCUUCUAAAAAUGGUGUAGUGGGUUCUGGGGCUUCAUUGAUAGCAGCAGGGAGUCAUGCAACUACGCUUACUAGCAAUAUUUCAACACGUAAUUUGGCUAGUGGGUCAACUGCUUCAGCAAUCCUUUCAACUCCGGGGUCUAUUCGUGGUGUUCUGGAUACUUCUGCUGCUACCGUUUCUCCAUCCCCGGUAAACUUGUCUAAUUCUACAAAGGAGGAAGAUAACACAAGCUUUGCUAGUCGGAGAUCGUCACCAUCUCUUGCUGAAACUGGUAUAGGGAGAGGAAUUGGUAGAGGGUCUAUAGGUGGUGUAUCCAGCCAAACAUCAAAUAAUACACCUCUAGGUUCUGGCAGUAUACUUCCUAGCAAUGGAGCACUUGGGGCAGUUCCUGCAGUUCCUGACAUGUCAAAGAAGAAUACUUUAGGUGCUGAUGAGAGAACAGGAAGCAGUGGUAUCAUGCCACCAUUGGUUUCCCCUCUAAGCAAUAGAAUGCUCUUGUCACAGGUCUCUAAGGGGAAUGAUGGAACUGUUUCUGCUGAUUCUAUUAAUGUUAGUGAGGGUGUAGGUGGCAGAACUUUCUCCCCUUCAGUAGUUCCAGGUGCCCAAUGGAGACCUGGAAGUUCAUUUCCAAGUCAGAAUGAUGCGGGUCAAUUUCGUGUUCAACCUGAUCAAAGGGAGAAAUUUUUGCAGAAGCUCCAACAAGUUCAGCAACAUUCUCAACUUGCUGGGGGAAAUCAUAUGCAGUUCAAUGCACAACAGCAAAGCUCACUAUUACAACAGUUCAAUUCUCAAAACUCAUUAUCGCCUCAUAUUGGACUGGGUCUUGGAGUUCAGGGACCAGGUCUAAAUGCUGUUGCAUCAGCUUCAUUACAACAGCCAAAUUUAAUUCAUCAACAAUCCACUCAGCGUGCUUUGAGUUCUCCUGUGCCAAAAGAAUCAGAUGUUGGCCACAAUAAAGUUGAUGACCAGCAGCAACAAAAUCCAUCUGAUGAUUCAAGUGGGGAACCUACUACAAGUUCUGGGGUGAACAAAAAUCUCAUGAAUGAGGACGAUCUGAAGACUCCAUACUCAGUAGACACACCUGUUGGAGGAUCUGGUUCUUUAGUAGAACCUGCCCAGGUGCCAAGAGAUACUGACCUCUCUCCUGGACAACCAUUGCAGUCCAAUCAACCUUCACUUGGUUUGGGUGUCAUUGGUCGAAGGAGUGUUUCUGAUCUUGGUGCAAUUGGCGAUAACCUCAGUGGAUCCACUGCAAAUUCUGCUGGAAUGCAUGAUCACACAUACAAUAUGCAGAUGCUUGAGGCUGCAUAUUACAAGCUUCCCCAACCCAAAGACUCAGAACGUGCAAAGAGCUAUACUCCAAGACAUCCUGCAGUAACCCCUCUGAGCUAUCCUCAAGUGCAGUCACCCAUUGUUGAUAAUCCUGCCUUCUGGGAACGCUUAGGUGUUGAUACUAUGGGAACUGAUACCUUGUUCUUUGCAUUUUACUUUCAACAGAAUACUUAUCAGCAAUACUUGGCUGCAAGAGAGUUGAAAAGGCAAUCAUGGAGAUACCACAGGAAAUAUAGUACAUGGUUUCAACGUCAUGAGGAACCCAGAGUCACAACUGAUGAAUGUGAACAGGGGACUUAUGUGUACUUUGAUUUCCAUAUUGGCAAUGAUGACUUACAACAUGGGUGGUGCCAAAGGAUUAAGACUGAAUUCACUUUUGAGUACAGUUACCUUGAAGAUGAGCUUGUUGUAUAGAGUACCUGCAGAAAAUGAAGAACCACAUACAUGGAAAUCGCCGACGGUUACAGACUGAUUGGUUGCUUAGCAAAAUGAUAUACAUGUAUAUGAAUUCGUUGCAGGGAAAUUGCUGACGGUUACAGACUGAUUGGUUGCUUGGCAAAAUGAUAGCCAUUAACAUGCUUCUAUGUGGAUCAGUGGACGUCCAUGGUGGACUUUGUAUCAUUUACAUAGUAAGGUUUCUUUUUUAUUUUUCCUGGCAUAUUAAUUCUAAAUGAAAAUCUAAUUGGCUUAAAUAAAUUUGGAUUAGUUUUUAUUCUCUAUCUGAUUGUGGACAAGGAAAAAACAGUUGAUAUCUUAUUUUCUGGCGUGGUGGGGGAAUCUACUGCAAUAUUUUUC